GGGCUCCUUUUGCAAUGUGUCGCCGGCUGUUGAGUUGUAACUUAUUCGCUGAGACCAAUAGAUGCAUAACCGUUCUUUCAGCUGCUAGCUUCCUGAAGAGAUUUCCAAGAAAAGAAUGAGCCUGUUUUUUGUUUUCAUGUCGAUCUGUGGGUCUUCUCUCUCGUGAAGUAUCUCGAUUUCGAAAAAAGUAUGGCGCUGGUUUCAGCUCGAAAGGUGGGGCGUGUCGUUCUAUUUGGAGUACUUGCGGCAUGUCUGUGCACAUUGAGCUCCGAAGCUGGUACAACACCAGUACAUCGAAGGCACGCUCACGAUCCAGAAGAUUCCACUAACAGCGAGAGCGACGUUCGCAGCGGUGGCGCUUUUUGCAAAGUGCGCCCGGAACCUGUUCUACGACCUCACGUGUAUGAUUAUCGGGAUGCAAGUGGUCUGACCCAUGCAACUUGUGACAGCGGUAGCCACUCUGCAGACGGUUUGGCUUUGGAGCAGAGCAGCGAACAACAGAACGACACGAAUCCAGCACCUAAUGAUAGCUCUACUAGAUUUUCGGAUCUCGUAGAGCACUACAUUUCGCUUUCCUACUCCAAGCGGGCGGGCACAAUACCCAUGAAGGAACGAGACGCGCUGAAGCAGACUUCUACGAGCGGCAGUAGUCCAACGUAUGGCGAGAUUACUGCGGAGGGGCUUCACACCUUGUUUGCAAACGUCGGCAAACUCGACGGCAGCGACGUUUUCUACGACUUAGGGUCCGGCGUUGGGCGCGCAGUGAUGCGGACGUAUUUGAAUUACAAUGUCAAAAAAGCGGUUGGCAUCGAGUACAGUAAGACACGCCACGAGCGAGCGCUGGAAGGGGGUGAGACUCUGUUGGCGCAUUUGCGAAACGACACAACUUUGUCAGGGGCGACCUUGAGCCGACUCCUGGAUGGGACAAAAAGCUUCGAAUUUCGGCAUGCAGACUUUCUGCAGACGAACCUCUCUGACGCGACGUUGAUUUAUACCUGUAGCGCGUGUUUUUCGCCCGAGCUCCUUGACAUGCUGCACACCAAAGUGGUGAAAGAGUGUCCGAAGCUGCGAUAUCUGAUUUCGGUGCGGAGGCUCUCCCUACAUACGGUUUCGAAAAAGCCGCCUCCUGGCCUGGAAGACAGUCGCAAGCUGCUCGUAGAAAAGUUUGUGGACGACGCUAAGUUUUCCUGGUCUGAUCACAGCUACCUGAGAUUUUACGCGUUUGAGGAGAGAAACGCGACAAGGGUAGAUGCUCCCCCAGUAGCCAAGUCUCUUCCAGUUGGCAUUGAGCGCGGGCUUUUGAAUGAAGACGAUUUCGCUUCGUAAAUGGCGCGCGCAGUAUUUCGCUCUGGUUUUUU